AUGAUCACCGAUGGCGCACUUCAACGCCAUGGGUUUGCAGCGAAAUACCACUCAAUCUGUCGCAUAAGUGAAGGAACGAGGACAAGCAUCUGCACCACAAGUUUUUCAAACCCAACAAAGAGCAUCGCUUCACCAAAUUACCCACAGAAAUAUGAUGCCUACCUGAGCUACACGUGGAUCAUUUCCCGACCUCAAGAUUGUGUCGUUCGGUUGCAGUUUGAAGACUUUGAACUUGAAUCAGAUAAUGAUUUUGUUCACGUGUACGACGGACCCGCAAGCCGUGAGAACCUGUUGGACACGUGGACUGGAAAACGCUUACCGCCGACACGAAUUUCGACAGGCAACAAACUGACAGUCGUAAUGCGGACAGAUAGGUCGGUGGAAUUUCGAGGGUUUUACGCAACCUACGACACU